AUGCUCUGGAAGUUUCUUGUUAGUGGUCUGGUAGGCUCGGCCUGCUCAGCUUACCACCGCGGCCCUACGAAUGUCUCCCUGGCCCUCGACCCGCCGACACUGUCCAUCAUUAUGGACCCGAGCAAGGACAUUGUCCCCAUCCGCGCCGUCAUUGUGGGGGGCGGCUACGCUGGGAGUAAGAUGGCCUAUCAGCUGGACAGCAUGUUUGACGUCACGCACAUCGAUGAGAAAAACUUCUACGAGCUCACCAACGACAUUAUUCCCAUCAUCACCAACCCGUGGAAGGAGGACGUGAACCCAAAAGCGUGCCGACGCAUGAUGGUGCUGCAUCGCUAUUACCUCAAGCGCAGCAACGUUGUGACGGGCACCGUGGCCGGCGUGGAUGAGCAGCAGGUGUAUCUGCGCGAUGGCCGCACCGUACCGUACGAUCUUCUCUUUCUCGCAACAGGAGAGCGCAAGCCGUUCCCUUUUCAGACUCGCGAGCGCACCAUCUCUGGCCGGGUGCAGGAGCUGAAGCGUUUUAACGAGUUUCUGCAGUCCUGCAAGAAGGUCGCCGUCGUUGGUGGCGGCCCCGCCGGCACGUCCCUCGCGCACGACUUGGCUAGUACCCGACCAGACCUGCAGGUGCACCUGUUUCAUCAGCGGGCUGAGCUUCUGCCGCGCCUCCCCGGUGUGUGCCGGCGCCACGCUCAGGAAAAGCUGCUGUCGAAUCCAAAUAUGCAUCUCCACCUGCUUAGCCGCGUGACGGACGUGGACGGUGUGGUUCUGCCGAGCAACGGCGAGAAGGCGGACUCUUCCUCCUCACCCACACGACACCCCUGUCCCGGUCAGCUGGUGGCCCCUCCCACCUCCAGUGGGGCGGCGCCGGAGUCGUCGCUGACGCUCGCCACAAUCAACAUGCCGUGGUGGCGGUCGCUGCUGAACACUGUCUGGCCUCCCCGAGGUGUCGUUCCUGAUCAAUACCGAAUUCACUACGACACGCUACAGAGUGAGGGGCGGCGGCAGCAGUCCAUUCUUCAGCAGGUGUACUACGGCAAGCGGGACGAGGUGGAGGAGUGCGGGGCAGUGCAGACGCACGGGGUAGAGGAAAACUUCGAUUACGUCUUUGCGCUGACAGGCGACACUCCCAGGCCUAUCCAAUGGGAUGCACUGGAAGGCCGGUCGAGAACGCUGCCGAACAUUCUGCGCGAGCACGAGACGAUGGACGGCCACUACCGUGUCAGCACACUCAUGCAGUUUUUAAACCACCCGAACAUCUUUGCUGUUGGGCGGUGCACAAACUUGCCCGUCAUGCGGGGCUACGGUGCCAGUGACAUUGAGGCACGGACGCUCUUUCGGGAGCUCAACUCCGUCGUCAAUAACCCCACAACAGUGUUCCUGCACACCCGCGACGGUGUUCAGCUGUCAAGCAUGCAAAUCCCACGCGUGCACGUCCGCCUUGGCGUCGACGACGCCGUGGGAUGCACGCCGUGGUCGGGCGGCAUGACUGGCAUCUCCUCGGUUCACGAGUUCCUGCAAGACCGCAGCUACCUUAUGAAGGAGUUCCAGCAGCCUCUCUUCUACAAGCAACAGGACCAGGCAAAGGUCAAGCAGCGGGUGUCGCAGUGGAUUGCAGAGGAAAUCACUGAUGUUGUCGACUUCUCCCACUGCUGA